CUGCCACGUUUUCAAGUUGCCGCGUUGUCACAUGUAUAUUGCGGGAAAAGUUAGCACGCCGAGUAGUUCAGGCACGGUUCUAGCCGUGUUUAAUUAGUUUAUUUUAUAAUUGACUGAAAAUGCAAAUGUUACGGCAAUUAGACGUGCAUCCAAAAGUGCGCGAGGAGGCGGAUAUUCUCGUGAGAACUUUCAGUGGUGCCGUUGUAACAAUUAUUAGUACCAUUAUCAUGGGUAUUUUAUUUCUAUCUGAAGUGAAUUAUUAUCUUACUCCAACUUUGAGUGAAGAACUGUUUGUGGACACUUCAAGAGGUUCAAAAUUAAGAAUUAAUUUAGAUAUAAUUGUACCUACAAUAUCUUGUGAUGUUUUAUCAAUAGAUGCAAUGGACACAACAGGUGAACAGCAUUUACAAAUAGAACAUAAUAUAUUUAAAAGACGUUUAGACUUAAAUGGAAAACCUAUAGAAGAUCCACAGAGAACAGAUAUUACUGACACAAAAGCACGUAAUAAAACAAUAGCAAAGACAAUGAACACUACUGAGAAACCAUGUGGAGAUUGUUAUGGAGCAACUAAUGAUAUUAUCAAAUGUUGUAAUACUUGUGAAGAUGUAAGAGAAGCCUACAAACUUAAAAAUUGGGCACUUCCUACUCUAGGAAUGAUAAAACAAUGUAAAAAUGAAAAGUCAGUAGAAAAAAUGAAAACUGCCUUUAGUCAAGGCUGCCAAAUCUAUGGUUAUAUGGAAGUAAAUAGAGUAGGUGGAAGUUUUCAUAUUGCACCAGGAGAUAGCUUCUCUGUAAACCAUGUACAUGUACACGAUGUCCAACCAUAUACAUCAACACAAUUUAACAUGACCCAUAAGAUUCGCCACUUAAGUUUUGGAUUAAACAUUCCAGGAAAAACAAAUCCUAUGGAUGAUACCACCGUAGUUGCGAUGGAAGGUGCGAUGAUGUUUUAUCACUAUAUUAAAAUCGUACCAACGACUUAUGUGCGCGCCGAUGGAUCUACAUUAUUAACAAAUCAAUUUUCUGUAACUCGGCAUGCCAGACAAGUAUCUCUGUUCAGCGGUGAAUCCGGAAUGCCUGGUAUAUUUUUCAGUUAUGAAUUAAGUCCAUUAAUGGUAAAGUAUACAGAAAAAGCAAAAUCAUUCGGUCAUUUCGCGACGAACGCAUGUGCCAUUAUUGGUGGAGUAUUUACAGUUGCUGGCUUAAUAGAUUCAUUGUUAUAUCAUUCUGUCAGAGCAAUACAGAAAAAGAUAGAAUUGGGCAAAUAUAAUUAAAAUUCAAAUUAUAAAUU